AUGGGUAUUAAAAAGCUAAACUUAUUAAUACAAUGCUAUGCUCCUGACUCAUUAACUCAACAAACUCUUAACCAUUAUAAAUAUAAAAGAUUGGCAAUAGACGGUAGUAUUUAUCUUCGAAAAUUUGUUUAUGAAGGAUGGGAAUUUGAAAAUAUUAAGAAUGAAAGAAUAGAAAAAUGGAAAUCGGUUGUUAAAAAAAUGGAAAAAAUGAAAGAUAGUGAUAAUUCAGAAUACAUAACAAUGGGAUUUAGAGAAGUUGUAGACGAGACGAUUUCAUCAUUAUUUCAACCUAGUGAUACUCACAUUCAUAUUAAAAUUCUACAGAAUAUUAUAUCUUGUAAGCAUUCUGAAGUUGAGGAUAUAAUGAAGAGUACAUUUGAAGAUGCAGAGGCUUUACGAUUAAUUGAAUCUUUGACUGAAGUUAUGCAGAAACAACAAACACAAUUGAUUCGAUUAUUAUUUUUAAUAAAUGAAAUAGCAAUAAAAAGUCAAACAAAAGAGAUACCACUAUCUAUACCUUUAGAGAAAGUAAAUAUCGAAGAUGUUAUAACCGUGAAGAGAAAAACAGUAAUACAAACUUUAUCAGUUGAUAAACUAAAAACAAUCGUAAAUUUGACUGAUGAACAAAUAUUCAAAAAAAGAUAUCCUAAUUUUAAACCUUCAGCCGAUAAUAUAAAACUAAAGAAAGAAAUGGAAGAUAUGGUGAAGAUGGCACUGAAAGAUGUAGUAUCAAUGGACCAUGAUAAAACUGUUACAAGAGUGCGACGUGGUAUAACGCAGAUGGAAUACCGACUUGUCGAAUCUUUACUAACCGGAAAAUUAUCAAGUAAUAUAAUGUUAGAGAUAGAAGCAGAAAAUGAUAAUUUAAUGAAAAGCUUAGGGAGAUGCUCAAUUAAGGUUACUUGGAAGAUGUACAAUGAAUGUCGAAAGUUUUUGAAAGUGUGGGGAAUUCCAUGUAUUGUAUCAGAAGGGUACGAAGCGGAAGCAUUAUGUGCAUCAUUAACAACACAUGGUUUAGCCGAUGCAUCAGUGUCAGAAGAUACAGAUACCAUAUUAUAUGGUGAAGGACCAGUUGUAAGAAAAUUUUUGACUAAACGAGAACCGAUUCAAGAAGUUUCACCGGUUAAAAUUCGAAAAUUACUUAACCUUUCACAUGAUGAAUUCCUCGAUCUGUGCAUUUUAUGUGGAACGGAUUUUUCCGGAACAAUUCGAGGGAUUGGACCCAUAAAAGCACUAGAAAUGAUUAAGAGUUAUGGAACGAUAGAAAAUAUCAUACCAAAUCUUAAAUCAGAUAAUAUAUAUGAUCCAAGUUUUAUGAAAGAAGUUAAGAGUGCAAAAAAAAUUUUCAAAAAUCCACCAACUAUUUCUUCAAAAUUCAAAAAUAGUUUGGAAGAAAAGAAAGAAAAUGCAGAAUUCCCAAAGUUAUUGGAGCAAUUUCAAAUUGAUACCAGUUAA